ACACUCAGGAAGGUAUUUUAAACAAAUCUGUGAAAAAAUGUUUAAUAAUAAAUUGUGUCUGUGACAUACUGUCAUCACAAAUGAAAUCAUAAAAAAAGGCCUGUUCUCUUUUACGUUUAUAAGAAUACCUUAAUUCGUGGUUAAAACUACAUAUGUAAUCACUAAUCACAAAAGACAGCUGACGGAAAAAAAUCUACAAUAAUAUUUAUUGUUAAAUGGUAUUAUGGAAUUAAGUAUGCUUUUAUUUUUGUUUACCUAAAAGUAAACCUGUAAAGUUACGACUGUUACAAAAUAGUUACAUGGUGCAUCAUAUUGCGCAAUACGUCCUUAAUCGUUGUUUACGUUUAGUUUAGUUAUAUUCCCCGUCAUCGUACUUUGGUAGAAAUUUAUAAAUAAUUUUUAUACAAAACACAGCGGAAGAACUUAAAUAAUUUCGAGACCUAUUUAUCGUUAAAAUACGUCGUAGUCCUUCAACGUAACAGUGUCGUUGAAACUCUACACCUAUUUCAAAUACAAAAUAUUUUAAAAGCUUAGUCCAUUACAAAAUUGUAAUGAACGUUUACUUAGCGAAGGCUUUGAAGUCUCUCUGUUCCAUCAAUACAUCAGCAAUGAGAUUUAAAAGCAAUGGUUUGGGUAAUUUGGGCAGUGGUGCCGGCAAAGGCGGUGGUGGUGGAGGUUCUAUCCGAGAAGCUGGUGGUGCUAUGGGUGAACGUGAAGCUGCUAACGAAGAAGAAUAUUUUUAUAUACAGCAACGACAGCAAGUAGAAAAAAUUAAAAAGGAUAUUGAAUUUCGUAAAGCAGAAAUAGAGAAAAAUAUCGAUGAAAUCACUAAGGCUAAAGCUGAACUGGACAAGAUUAUUGAUAAAUAGUAAACUUUAUACUUACCUAUUUUAUUUUUUUAAAUAAUAAAUUUUUCAAACUAGAAUUAAGA